GACGUGCUUCUGUCCGCCUGGUGAUGCCAGGAACUGAGCAUCAGCAUCAUCUUCACCAUCACCAUGCCUCGAGGAUUCCUAGUGAAGAGGAACCGUAGAUGUUUAACGUCAUAUCGACCACGAAAUAAAAACAAAGUUGAGACCUGCGAUAACGACAAAAAACACCACCAGGAGGCUGAAGUCACCAAGCCGGUGAACCACGUAUGGUGCGUUCCGGGUACAGACGUCCCGCUCCCGGUGUCCCGUGAGGAUUCCACGGAGGUGUGGAACCUGAACGUGGAGUCUGCUCUGGAGGCAGAGGCGGACCGGCGCGCUCAAUUACCGGACAGCGAAGAGCAUGAGAGCGACAUGGAUGUUCUAGCUCCCACGUGUGACCUCUCCUGCUUUUUCCCGCCUCCACCUCCACACGACUCGCUUUUAAUGGAAGCUUGUAGUCCGGUUAAGGCGGUAAGAACAAGACUACCGGAGCAACACGAAGACGGAGAGAGGAAGACAUUAUUUACACAGACACUUCUGUCUUCAUCUCUGGAAAGCGAAUUGCCGUUUUCGGCUUCCAUUGAGAGGCUUUUUGUUGGUAGCAGCCGCCAGCACGCGCAGUCCUACGGUCCGGGUCAGAACCAUGACGCGCGACAACACUCCGUCGGGGCCCCGGAAGAGCGGCUGAAUAGACCAAACAGACCUUCGGCGGGAAGCUCGUGCAAGAAACCCAAAGUGAACCGGAAGCUUAACUUUGAGGACGAAGUCACGACUUCGCCGGUUUUAGGUCUGCGAAUUAAGAAAGAAAUCCCGGAAGCGAGGAGGCAGCACCGGCACAAAUCCUCCGCUGCGAACGGAAGUCAUCCGCUUGGAGAGUUCAUCUGUCAGCUCUGUAAGGAAGAGUACGCCGACCCUCUCUCCCUCGCGCAGCACAGGUGCUCGCGCAUAGUGCGCGUGGAGUACCGCUGUCCUGAGUGCGACAAAGUCUUCAGCUGCCCCGCUAACUUAGCCUCACACCGCCGCUGGCACAAGCCCCGUCCGGUUAACAACACGGUAGGAGAGAGUUGCGGAAAAGAGUUCGAACUGGACGGGAAGGAGAACGAGCUGCUGUGCGUUAAUCGGCGGGAGAGUUCCCGCGUCGACGGAAGCAGCCUCGCGCCGCCGGAUUCGUCACCUGGUUUCAACCAGCACUUGACAGCAGGGGGGGACAGCCCACCGCCAGGUCUCCUUCUGUUAAACGCUAACCCAUACCGGCCGUCGCUCCCACCCGGACCCCCACCAUUUGUCCAGUCGGUACCGGAGGAGGAGGCGGCUUACGACUGUAGCUACUGUGGCAAGAAGUUCCGACGUCAAGCUUACCUGAAGAAACACAUGGUGGCCGCGCACGAGAUGACCACGGCUCGGGCAUCCUCGCCGUACGAGCAGAGCCACCAGGUGUGCGCGUGUCACCUGUGCGGCGCGCGUUUCCCGUCUGCCGACAUCCGGGACAAGCACCGUGUAUGGCACGCCAUGACGGGAGAACUGCUGGGAGGAGGGCUCAGAGCGGACGUGUAUGGUGCGAACAGGGACUGUAUGGAGCAGCAGCUUCUCACGUGCAAAUACUGUCCGUCCACGUUCCUCAGUUCGCCGGGUCUGACGAGGCACAUCAGCAAGGCUCAUCCCGGAGAGAACCUGCACGUCAUGAUGCACAUGGCGGUGAGAAACUGACAUGACGGUACUGUACCUGCUGCACCACACUUGGAGCCGAUUCGAUGGCCUGAACUUCCCGUCUGUUCCUAAUGUUUCGUCCCUCUCUUAUCAAAACCUCUCUCAGCACACUGCGAACUAUGUAACUACUGUAUUUUUCUUUCUGUUUUGCAGUACACAUGGUGAGUUUUACUAUGAUCUAAAUUACUGUCUCUCCACGUGGAGUUUGAAAGUGAGCGAUUGUGAACUGUCCAAGGUGCUGACACUGCCUUGGACAGAUACCUUACAUACAAACAUAUGAUAAAUUGUUACAUUGCAUUGUUUUGUUGUAUUGGGUUUUUGCACAUAGUAGAAAAAUACUUUAUAUGAAUUUGUAUUCAUUCAUGAGUACAAAGCAUAUUGUAAAUGAUUUGACUACACAUACUCGGCUAUAAAAUAUAGUUAUAGUUCUCAAACUGAAUCACAAUUACUUAAUGUAGCUAAAAUAUAUAUAUAUAUAAACCAUGAUCAUUUUCUUGCCGUGAUAUGCCUUUAAAAUAAAUGUACCAGUUGACUUUAAGGGUAUAAAAUAUUUUCAUACGGAAAAGGAAAAUUUCAUUUUAACAUCACAAUUAAUUUUUUUGACGCGCAAUGUGUUGGUGAGUCAAUCAAGACUUAUAUUUUGCUAUGUUCUUAAAGUUCAAUGUGAUUAAAUCAUUGUAAAUAAAUGUUAAUACACAAUGAAUGUGUUUUUCUUUAAAAUUAAGACAGCAGUAGAUGACACUUAUCAUUUAUUGUCAACAAAUCAUGACAUCCAUGCUUUUUGUGUUUGUGCUGUAGAUGUUACAGUUAUACAUAUUGACAAUACGGGUUUGUGGAGUCAAUGUGUUUGUGUUAUCAAUACAUGUACUUUCUACUGGGUGACACCAUGCAGUAGCAUUCAUACUAUACAGUCCAUCACCAAUGUCCUAACACAAGUUUGUCGUUUUGUUAAGGUCAGACAAAGAAAUUGGAAGGAAGCUGAGAGUUCCAUAAUAAGAGAAAAUGCUUUCAAGUAAUAUUUUGUACCAUUGAACACCUAUUUAGAGAUAUCAUUCAUCUUUCCCAUGCGACUUGAAAGCCUCAUCUCGAUUUGAAUCUGACUCUAGCCACUGGUUACUGGUAAUGAUGAAAAAGUACAUUACAGGAUGAUCCAACAGGAUUGUUCCUGUACUAAACACAUUGGGAAGAGUGAACAGUUUGUGGCCAAUAGGAGUGUUACAGCAACGGUAGACAAGCCCGCAACCUGUCUCAUCACAAACUCAAACUAACCAUGGUGCAUCUGUAAAUGCAACACCAAACCUUACAUAAAGCUUCUCCAUAACGAGAAUGAAAGAAACAGCAACAGCAAAUACAGCCAAACUAGUGGAACACAGUGCUUCGACAACUCUUUCCUGGUUCCUUGCCCUAUAAACACCCAAUAAGACCUCAGAUAUUUGAACACAUUUGAAGGCACUUCAACUUAGUCAGACUAGCCAGUUUUCUGCCAUAAUGCUCCUUUGUUUAAUACUUGUAAUGUAAUUAUUUGGAUGUUCUGUGGAUCUGGGUCUUAACAAAAUAAAGUAUAAUUAUUCCAUACUGAAGUGCUUCCUGGUUAUAAAAGACUUGCUGAAGCAUAAGAUCCUGUAGUGUGAAACCACAUUUGGUUUUGGCAGCUAUUGCCACAAAACAGCAUACAGUAUUACUCAAGCAUUUCACAUGACGGCUAUUAACAUAUCUAAUAUAUAGACAUUUUUACUCAAGAGGUGCAAAUAAAGAAGCUGUUCCAUUGCAUCUGAUGACUUGACAAAAUAAAGGAACAUUUAUGUUUGUGUGAAAUCAGUCCUUUAAAAUAAUAAUAUAACAAGAAAAACGUAACAGACUGGAGGGGGAAAAUAAAAGUAACAUACAUCAGUGCUUUUCCACAAUUACAGCACGGUGACUCAAUUCAGUUUGACCUGUAAAUGUACACAAAGUGUUUCUUUUUGGCUCAAGAGCUGCAGGCUUUCUAUUGUUA